CGGAGCUGUCACCCCGGGAGCAGGCUGCGCAUCGCCCAGGCGCUUCUGGCCAGAGUGCAGAGGAGCCAUGGCCACCACCAACGGGGCGGUGGAGAAUGGGCAGCCCGACAGGAAGCCGCCUGUUCUGCCGCGCCCCGUCCGCAACCUGGAGGUUAAGUUCACCAAGAUAUUUAUCAACAAUGAGUGGCACGAAUCCCAAAGCGGGAAGAAGUUUGCGACGUACAACCCUUCGACUCUGGAGAGAAUAUGCGAAGUGGAUGAAGGCGAUAAGCCUGACGUGGAUAAGGCCGUGGAGGCAGCCCAGGCUGCCUUCCAGAGGGGCUCCCCAUGGCGCCGGCUGGAUGCGCUGAGCCGUGGCCACCUGCUGCAGCAGCUGGCUGACCUCAUGGAGAGAGACCGCGCCAUCCUGGCGACCCUGGAGACCAUGGACACUGGGAAGCCAUUUCUUCAGGCCUUUUUCAUCGACCUGGAAGGCUGCAUCAAGACCCUCAGAUACUUUGCAGGCUGGGCUGACAAAAUCCAGGGCAGGACCAUCCCCACAGAUGACAAUGUUGUGUGUUUCACAAGGCAUGAGCCUGUCGGGGUGUGUGGAGCCAUCACCCCGUGGAACUUCCCGCUGCUGAUGCUGGUGUGGAAGCUGGCACCUGCCCUGUGCUGUGGAAACACCGUGGUCGUGAAACCGGCUGAGCAGACGCCCCUCACCGCCCUGUAUCUCGGCUCUCUGAUUAAAGAGGUGGGGUUCCCUCCCGGCGUGGUGAACAUCGUGCCAGGAUUCGGGCCCACCGUGGGAGCAGCCAUCUCCUCCCAUCCUCAGAUCAAUAAGAUCGCCUUCACUGGCUCCACCGAGGUGGGCAAGCUGGUUAAAGAAGCUGCCUCACGGAGCAACCUGAAGAGGGUGACGCUGGAACUUGGGGGCAAGAAUCCCUGCAUCGUGUGUGCUGACGCCGACCUGGACUUGGCAGUGGAGUGUGCCCAUCAGGGAGUGUUCUUCAACCAGGGCCAGUGCUGCACGGCCGCCUCCAGGGUGUUCGUGGAGGAGCAGGUCUACCCCGAGUUUGUCAAGCGCAGCGUGGAGUAUGCCAAGAAGCGGCUGGUGGGAGAUCCCUUCGAUGUCAAAACCGAGCAGGGACCUCAGAUAGAUCAGAAGCAGUUCAACAAAAUCCUCGAGCUGAUCGAGAGUGGGAAGCAGGAAGGGGCCAAACUGGAGUGCGGGGGCUCAGCCAUGGAAGACAGGGGGCUCUUCAUCACGCCUACCGUCUUCUCAGAAGUCACUGACAGCAUGCGGAUUGCCAAAGAGGAGAUCUUCGGACCGGUGCAGCCGAUACUGAAGUUCAAAAACAUCGAAGAAGUGAUCAAAAGGGCCAACAGUACUGACUAUGGACUCACAGCAGCUGUGUUCACCAAGAACCUGGACAAAGCCCUGAAGCUGGCCUCGGCGCUGGAGUCUGGCACAGUCUGGAUCAACUGCUACAAUGCCCUGUACGCACAGGCCCCGUUUGGUGGCUUCAAGAUGUCUGGGAAUGGCAGAGAACUAGGCGAGUACGCGUUGGCCGAAUACACAGAAGUGAAAACCGUCACCAUCAAACUGGACGACAAGAAUCCCUGAGGACAGGCGGGCUCCGUCCUCCAUUGCGGGACAGCUGCACAGGGCAGGUGGAACUGCUGAAGGACAAGUGACACCUGUGACCUUCUGAGGACAUUUCCUUCUGGACACGGAGUUGAAUGACUUUGGAUUCUUCCUCUCACGCACAGGCUUUGUUGGUCCAGCUAUGGACAUGGCCCAUGCCUUGUGUGUGAAGCAGCCCAGGAGAGGGAGCCAGGGGCCCCGGGGAGACUCUGAGGACACUUAGGGCUCUGAGCACAGGAAGUGGCCUCUGACAUGUCCAGCAGCUGCUUCUUGCCAGCCAGACUCGGUUCUUAUAAAGCAGGUUCCUCCUACCCACUGGUCUCAGGGUCACCUGCCUAUAGGUAGGUCCCUCUUUCCGGGCAAGGGCAGGACCAUUCAAUGGGACAGAUUAACACUAAGUUUAAGUAGCUUUUCUGAAGGGGGAUUCCCCACAACCUCAUAUCCAAUAUGGGCAUUUCCAGAUGGUGUGCCCUCUGGAGAAGGUACUCAAAGCCUUGGGCGUGAGGUGGGCCUGUAGACUGACAUUAACCUGGGAGAGGAGGAAGGGGAAUUAACCUGCAAACCAGUUGUCACCUCUGGGAUAGGAAUGAACCCUGUCCAGAGCUUGCCCCUACCUUUGCCUUGAUAGCCCCCAACCAAGUACUUAGUUAGGCCGGCAGCAGGAUUAGGAUCACCUCUGUCGCUAGGGACAUCAUGGCCCGCAGCAAGUCCAGGAUAAUGAAAGUCCCACACUGGGGGAAGCAGAGCUGGACCCCAGGCUCCUUACCCACGAGGGGUUGGUGCCAAGCAUGCACAGCUUGGCUUUCCCUUAUCCACAUCCACAUUCACCCAAACGGAUCGUUUGCAUGAGCAAACCAGCUGGGGAGACCGGUGUGGUCUGACAGCUCUGCCUGUCCCAUAUCCUGCUUGGGCACGUUUCUGACGAGUUAACAAGUAAUGUCCGGGUGACAGCCAGCGAGCUCUUGGCUGCUCAUCCAGGUGACUUGGAGAUGCCAUCAGCAGGUCACGGGGUCUCCUUUUCCCUGUUUCUGUGUCUCCACUGGGGAAGCGAAAGCCUUCCCCUACAGCUGUAAAACCAAAAGCAGACUCAAUUCAGGGCCUUGCGGAUUCACUCAUUCUUAAACUGGUGGGGAAAAGGGCGGCUAAGGUUGGAAAUGAAGCUGGAGGACCACGGCAAAGCUCCAGGGCAGCCCAGCAGGGUAAAGAUACCACAAGAAACUCACCUGGCCUUCAGUUACUGCUUAGACCUGCACGGACUUCUGGCAUCAGGAUCUGACUUCAUACACUGAAUUUGCAGUAUUGUGUCUCAAGUGACGAGAACGCUCACCGCGACAAGAAGACAUGGGGAGUUUCUUGUUCUUCCUUUGUACGAUAAUGCCUUUCCGACGAGAUGUUACAUUAUUUAUAAUUGCAAUAGCUAAUGUAUCUUUUUAUAGUUGUAAGUAGACAGAGGUGGUAUAUUUAACCUUCUGUAAAAUACUGUAUGUAGCGAUGGAAAUUUAUCUAGCGUUAGCUCUCAUUUCUUUUACGGUUUACCCCUGUGGCAUGGUCUUAAACCUACUCGACUGGGAAUUCCGAUCCCAAAUGCAGCCUCUGUUGAGCACUGCAGCAUCAAUAACAUCACAGCAGGUAUCUAAGGAAUAGUACACUUUUUCGUGUAAGGACCAAUCUCACUUUCAUUCUGUGGCAGGCCUCUUUCUGAGGCCCUCUAUAGUAAGUGGCUUAUUUAAAAAUAAAAGCAGUAUGGGUGAUCUUUCUUUCUUUUUGUUGUUGUUGUUUUUCAAAUAAAAUUGCAUUUGCUCCA